AUGGUUGUUAAUAAAAUCCUCAUAUUCAAGAAAAUCCCGGAUGAGCUACCGGUAUCUGGGGUUCACUUCGCAGUUGAGAACCGGCCAUUCGAUCUCGAUACCGUGCCAGGAGGCGGUACUAUAGUUGAAGUAUUGUCUGUGUCACUGGAUCCGUACUUGAGAACCCGUAUGCGCGACACCAACGUCCCUAUGUUCAGUGACCACUAUAUCAUAGCGGUUGACCUUGACUGGGUUCGUUGUAACCUUACCGAUGAAGAUUCCGGCCCGGCGUACUUCCAGCAACAUCAGGAGACCCUGCAGAAGCGGAUUGCGGAGGGUAGCUUCAAAGUCAAGCUACACAUCACCCACGGUAUCGACAACGCACCUGAAGGCUUCGGAGAGAUGUAUCAGGGCAAGAACUUCGGCAAAGCCCCAGUCAAGAUCAAGGAGUUGACUCUACCUUAA